CACACGUCAAUUCGGUAUGCAAUACAGAAAAUUCCAAACCAGAGAAGAAAGAAAUCAAUUUACUUCGUGACGCUUCCCUGAAUGAUUACAAAGGAAUUCGUCAUCGUCACUACCUAAAAUCUCAGAAAUCCAUCGCUAAAAUAGUGCCAGGUGAUUCCUCCAAGCUUCCUUGAAAUGGAAACGCUUUGUUUUCACGACGGCAACAUCACUGACUUGAUUAAUCGUCGCGCUCUCAACGUUCACAAUGAUUCAAAUAGUGUUUUGCAAAUGCACUCUUCACUUGUGCGAAGGCUCUCCUUGGAAAGAGAACUUGAGGGGCAUCAUGGUUGCGUAAAUUCAAUGGCUUGGAACUCAACAGGCUCUCUCUUGAUAUCGGGAUCUGAUGAUACACAGCUUAAUGUUUGGUCAUAUACAAGCCGCAAACUUUUGCACUCCAUUGAGACAGGUCAUUCUACUAACAUAUUUUGUACAAAAUUCAUUCCUGAAACUUCAGAUGAAUUAGUUGUCUCUGGAGCAGGAGAUGCUGAGGUCCGCCUCUUUAAUUUGUCACGUCUGUAUGGGAGAGGAUUGGAGGAGAAUGUUAUUAGUCCAUUUGCACUUUUUCAAUGUCACACCAAUAGGGUCAAAAAAUUAGCUGUGGAAGUUGGAAACCCUAAUGUGGUGUGGAGUGCCAGUGAAGAUGGGACACUGAGGCAGCAUGAUCUCCGUGAGGGUGUUUCAUGUCCUCCUGCUGGGUCCUCUCACCAAGAAUGUCGUAAUAUUCUUCUUGAUUUACGUUGUGGAGCUAAAAAAUCAUUGGCAGAUCCUCCUAAGCAGUCACUCGCUCUGAAGUCUUGUGACAUCAGUCCUACUAGGCCUCAUUUGCUCCUUGUUGGUGGGAGUGAUGCAUUUGCUCGUCUGUAUGAUAGACGAAUGCUGCCACCACUGUCAUCUAGUCAGAAAAUGUUGCCGCCGCCUCCUUGUGUUAACUACUUUUGCCCAAUGCAUCUUUCUGAUUGUGGACAUUCGAGCUUGCAUCUUACUCAUGUCACUUUCAGUACUAACGGAGAGGAGGUUCUUAUUAGUUACAGUGGGGAGCAUGUGUACCUGAUGGAUGUCAAUCCUGCAGCUCUUGGAAGUGAAAUGAGGUAUACCUCAGGAGAUGUCUCAAAGGUUAUGAGCUUUAAUCCCAUGAUCAGCGGAGUAGGAUUGCUCUCAUCUGUUUCUGGUGUAUUUUCUAAUGGUUUUCCUGUAAGAAACCGAGUGGCUGCCAAGCUUGACAAAUGCAGAAAGCUGGUUCAGAUUGCAGAAAAAUCCUUAAAAGAAGGAACAAAUUUUUACUAUGGAGUUGAGGCUUGUAAUGAAGUUUUGGACGGUCAUGGUCAUGAGAUUGGGCCUACUCUAGUACAUGAGUGUUUGUGUAUACGUGCAACCUUGCUGCUCAAGCGGAAGUGGAAAAAUGAUGCAUACAUGGCUAUCAGGGACUGUCAUAGAGCUCGGAAAAUUAAUCCUUCUUCAUUUAGAGCAUUGAUUUGUAUGUCUGAGGCAUUAUCACAGGUGGGGAAACAUGAAGCAGCUUUGGAGUUUGCUGAUGCUGCAAGAUCUCUGGCUCCAUCUGAUUUUGAAGUCGGAGAAAAAGUGGACAACAUAAAAAGGCAUAUCGAUGCAGCAGAAGUUGAGAAAGCUAAAAAGGAAAAUAAUAGAGGAUCUAAGUCCGUACAUCGAGCAGGAAGUGUACUAUCUAUGAGUGAUAUAAUCUAUCGUCCCGAGGGAAAUGGUGAUGCUUCACAAGAUGGCCCUGAAAGAGAAGAUUCAGAUUUAGAUGAAGAAUUGGAAUUUGAUUUUGAAACAUCAGUAUCUGAUGAAGGACAUGAUUUUGACUCUAAUGUUCUUCAUGGAAGUUUAAAUUUUAGAAUACACAUGAGAGGUGACUCAGCAACAGAAACUGGAAGACCAAAUGGUGCUUCUGGGUUGCCUACACCGUCAUGUCAAAGCAAUAAAGUGCCUUACCAGCCUGAGAGUGUGACAGAUAUGAAACAAAUAUAUGUUGGCCAUUGCAAUAUAGGCACUGACAUAAAGCAGGCUAGUUUUCUUGGUCAAAAAGGUGAAUACAUUGCUAGUGGAAGUGACGAUGGUAGAUGGUUUAUAUGGGAAAAAAGAACUGGCAGAUUAUUAAAAAUGCUGCAUGGGGAUGAAGCUGUUGUGAACUGCAUUCAGUGCCAUCCACUUGAUUGUGUUGUUGCAACUAGUGGGAUUGAUAGCACCAUAAAGAUUUGGACUCCAAGUGCUUCAGUCCCAUCCAUUGUAUCUGGUGGAGCCGCAGGACCAGAGGCUCCAAAUGUGUUAGAUGCUAUGGAAAGCAAUCAGCGCACAUUAUGCCGCACUCGUGAAACAUUUUUGCCAUUUGAGAUUUUGGAGCGGUUUCGGAUGCAUGAGUUUACUGAAGGAAGUUUGCAUCCAUUUGAGUGCACACAAAGCUGAUCUUGUUUCAUGCCAUUGGUAUGCAGGAUGAUAAAAUGAGGAAUUGAAGCACGCAGACAUGCUGAAGUUCCUAUGAGAAACAAUGCAAUUGUUAUACAGAAAUGAUCCAUGUAAAGCUAUAUUUAUGUUCACAAGCUUAUCGUCGUGCUUUGUACCUUCUCCUAAAAGAUGCGCAACAGAGAAAUAAAGAUUUGUAAAUAAUUGUACCCAUGUGUUGAUAUAGUUUAUAUGCUCAAUGUCCAAUGGUGGUUGCAUAUAAUGGUGCUGGGAAUUUAUAUAAUAUUUUCUUCUUGGAGUC